AUGGCGCCCGGAGGCCGUGUCGACUGGCUCGCGGCGCCAGCGGAGGUCUGGCCCCGGCUGCUGGAACCGCUGGGCCCCUCGCUCGGCGCCGCGUGCGCGCUGUCGCCCGCGUGGGCGCGCGCAGCGACCAGCGGCGGCUGCGCUGCGUACAGGCCGCUGUGCAGCAUGCGGGCGGCCCCCGCGCCCGGCGACGACUGCGGCCCGAGCCUCCGCCACGCAGAGGUGGCCCGCCUCAGGCGGGGCCAUGAGGCCACCGGCUGGCCCCUCCUCGCGCGCUCCGCCGUGCGCCCCAGUGCGGCGCCCGCGGAGUGGGCGGUGCUGCGGCCGGGCGGCGACGUGCCGAGCUCCAGGCACUCGGUGGCCGUGUGCGGCGCGCCCGAGGGCCACUGCGAGGCCGCGGUGCUGUUCGGCGGCAACGUCUCCCGCACCGUGGCGGGCGCCUGGCGCACGAGCGACGAGCUCUUCGUGGCCGCGCUGCCAGGCGCAGCGGGCACGGGCGUCCAGAUGGAGCGGCUGCCCUGCAGGCCAGGCUCACCGUGGCCAGCGCGCCGCUGGGGUGCCAGCCUGACGUCGCUGCGUGGCAGGCAGCUGCUGCUGGGCGGCUGGAGCGAAGAGGGCGACUGCCAGGCGCCCUGGGCGCUGCACCUGCGCGAGGCAGGGCCAGAGUGGUCCGAGCUGCCGCCCCCUCCGGCCCGGGGCUUGCCCGGGCUGGAGGGGCCCAGUCCGCCGCCGACCGCCUUCCACACCGCAACUGGUCUGGACGGCGGCCGGCGAGUUGCAUUGCUUGGAGGCCUCGGCUCGGGCGGCACGGCGCGCGGGCUCUGGAUCUUCGAGGCCGACUCUGGCAGCUGGUUCCUCGCAGCGGCCGACGGGCCCUCGUGCGCUGGGCACGCCGCUGGGGUCGUCGACCAGCGGCUGGCUAUCUUCGGCGGGGUGGAGAGAGAGCGCGGAGGGCCCUUCGGCGACGCAUUCAGGAGCGGCGUGGCCAUAUUCGACCUGCGCAUGAUGCGCUGGGACGCAGACUCCUCAUCGCGCAGGUCGCCAGGCCCUGCCCCCAGGGCGCGACGGAACCCGGCGCACGCCAUCUUCGGUCGGAGCCUCCUCGUCUCUGGCGGCUUCGACGACACCACCCACAGGUGCCUGACGGACACCUGGUGCUACGACGUCCCCGCGGGCGUUUGGCACCAGCUGCCCGACGGCGCCCCAGCGCUGGAGGGGCACAAGGCGCUGGUCAGCGGCUUCGACGUUUUCACGCUCGGAGGGCACUCGGCCCCGGGCCGCUUCCCUUCCCGCGCCGUGAGCGUGCACGCCCUCUCCCUGGGCCUCGCCGAGUGCGGCGGUCGGCUCGCCGGGGAAAGCGCGGAGGACGCGGAGGACCCCGACGGCGGAGAGAGCAGCUCCGAGGGCGAGGGCAGCAGCGACGAGGAGGGCGGGCGGCGGGUGCUGCUCGCCGCGCUCCAGGCGCAGGCGAUCCGCCUGCUGCGCGAGCGUCAGGCGGCCGCUGCCGCGGAGGGCUCCGACGAGGUGCCGUAG